CUGUCAGUGCUACUGUAGAGAGCUUUGGUUAUCCGUGGAUAUCACACCAUUGCUAUCAUCUCUGUCUAUCUCAGUGUUUCUCUCUCCCUGUGUCAGCGGAUUGAUAUAGGAGAGUAGAAAACAAGCAAAAAUAAAACAUCUCUAGCCGAAAAUGGCAGAGCUUGGAGCGGGGAGCAUGCUGUUGGGAGAUCCUGCUUUUAAUUACCAAGAGCACGAGCUAAAUGAGCGAUUGAAGCGGCUCUACCCGGCCGUGAAUGAGGAAGAGACCCCCUUACCCCGAUCUUGGAGCCCCAAGGAUAAAUACAGCUACAUCGGACUCUCGCAGAACAAUCUGCGGGUACAUUACAAAGGCCAUGGGAAGAACCAUAAGGAUGCCGCGUCUGUGCGUGCCACUCAUCCCAUACCAGCCGCCUGUGGGAUCUACUACUUCGAAGUGAAGAUUGUCAGCAAGGGCAGGGAUGGGUACAUGGGGAUUGGUCUGUCUGCCCAGGGGGUCAACAUGAACAGACUGCCUGGUUGGGACAAGCACUCAUAUGGUUACCAUGGCGACGACGGACACUCCUUCUGUUCUUCAGGGACUGGCCAACCAUAUGGCCCAACCUUCACCACAGGCGAUGUGAUUGGCUGCUGUGUGAACCUAAUUAACAACACCUGUUUCUACACCAAGAACGGCAUCAGUCUAGGUGUAGCCUUUACAGAUCUCCCUCCCAACCUUUACCCCACAGUGGGCCUGCAGACUCCAGGAGAGAUUGUGGAUGCUAACUUUGGCCAGCAACCCUUUGUGUUUGACAUUGAGGACUAUAUGAGUGAAUGGAGGGCUAAGAUCCACGGCAUGAUCGCCCGCUUCCCCAUCGGAGAGAGACUGGGAGAGUGGCAGGCAGUGCUUCAGAACAUGGUAUCCACCUAUCUGGUGCAUCAUGGGUACUGUGCCACAGCCACAGCCUUUGCCAGGGCUACAGAAACCUUGAUCCAGGAGGACCAGGCCUCCAUAAAGAACAGACAGAGAAUACAGAAGCUGGUAUUGGCAGGGAGGGUUGGCGAGGCCAUCGAAGCCACACAGCAGCUGUACCCUGGGCUCCUAGAACACAACUCCAAUUUACUGUUCAUGUUGAAGUGUCGGCAGUUUGUGGAGAUGGUGAACGGUACAGACAGUGAGGUACGAUGCUUCAGUGUCCGCUCCCCCAAGUCCCAGGACAGCUACCCUGGCUCCCCCAGCCUGAGCCCCCGACAUGGAGCCACCAACCCCCAUCUGCACAGUGCAGGAGCAGACAGCCCAACAUGCAGUAACGGGGUCACCCCUCCCAACAAGAACAAGAGCCACAACAAGUACCCUGGUGUCAGCUCUGCCUCCUCCUCUUCCUCUUCCUCCCCUUCCUCUGUUAACUACUCUGAGUCCAACUCCACUGACUCCACCAAGUCCCAGCCUCACAGUGGCACCAGCAACCAGGAGACCAGGUGUGUGGCAAGUGACAGUGAGAUGGAGAUCGAGGCAGAGCACUACACUAAUGGGGUGGCGGAGAACUCCUCUACUCGGAUCAUGAACGGCACCUACAAGCAUCAAGAAAUCCUGCAGGCUGAGGACGGCAGCCUGGGCAACGGAGUGGCAGAAGACAGCUGUGCCUCCAGACAGCUGUGUGGAGGGAACCAGGCAGCCACAGAGAGGAUGAUCCAGUUUGGCCGCGAGCUGCAGGGCCUCAACGAGCAGCUGUGCCGGGAAUACGGCAAGAACGCCACGCACAAGAAGAUGCUGCAGGAUGCAUUCAGUCUAUUAGCGUAUUCAGAUCCCUGGAACUGCCCAGUUGGGCAACAGCUAGACCCAAUGCAGAGAGAAAAUAUCUGCUCUGCUCUCAACAGCGCCAUCUUGGAGUCUCAGAACUUGCCUAAGCAGCCCCCUCUGAUGCUGGCUGUAGGUCAGGCCACAGAGUGUGUCCAGCUCAUGGCCAGGGUCCGCUCAGGCUCCUGUUCCUUCGCCAGAGUUGACAGCUUUUUGCACUAGCCCCAGUCCAGGCAAUGUUCAGGACUACAAAGAAGAUUACUUUCCAAUGGGUUGCCAGAUGACUGAUGAGAUCAUGUGUUUGAAUUGGUGUGUCGCUUGCCAUUUGGCAGAAGCAGGAUGUGCAGGGGAAUGAGUAGAACAUGAGGAGAAAGCUUGUUUUUAAUUUAGUAUUAUCAAAUACAAAAUGUGUGACACUAUUUAAAGAUAAUUAAUUAUUAUUCUGUUUAUAUAGUCAUUUUCAAGUUUUUAUUUGGUCAGUUUGUUGUGCUCAUCUUGAAAAAAAUAAUCGAAUUCCGUUUUUGUUUUUAUGAGUGGAUUUGAAUUCCCUACACAGUAUUUUAAAGAUGUUCAUCAUAUCAAAUAAAUUCACAUUGGCAUGCUUUGUCGUUACCAAGCAAAAUACUCUGGUUUCUCAUUCAGAACUUUCACAGGACUUUUGUCAUCUCAGUAUGAGAUAUUGUAGAAAGAGGACCAGAAUUUUUUUGGUUCAAAUUCUUACUUCUUAGUAUGCCUUAGUACUCCAAAAAUGGAUUCAAUUGAAAGUUAAAGGUCUGAAUUUGAUUCUGAGACUGCAUGUGGCUGUAAGCCACUAACCCGCUGGUCACCUUAAAGCCCCAGAUGGUAGCACAAAUGAAAUAAUGACACUGAUUCAUUUCGGAGUUUCAAUAUAAGUGUAGUGUAUUUCCAAUCAAGUGUCUCCACUAGUUUGAUGUGUAACAUAGGCUGUGUUUACACAGGCAGCCCAAUUCUGAUUUUUCUUUCUCACUAAUUGGCCACUAAUACAUCUUUUGACCCAAUCAGAUCAGUGCUGAAAAAGAUCUGAUGUGAUCGGUCUAAAAACCAAUUAGUGGAAAGAAGAUCAGAAUUGGGUUGCCUGUGUUGGGCUGCCUUUAUGUUACACAUAAAACUAGUGGAGACACUUGAUUGGAAAUACACUAGACUUUUACUUUGUACUUGCACACAGUAAAAACACACAGACAUACAGUGCUUGGGUCAUUUGAAUUUGGAAAUCACUCCCUGGUUUUUACUUGCUAAUUGAGAUACCUUUUAUGAAGUCAUGUUAAAUAUAUACAAUAUAAUGAUUUAUUGAAUAAAAAAGUGGAACUAUUUUCCAAAUACAAGGCUUUUAAUUUGACCAACUUUUCUAAUAACCAAUGGUACUUGCCAGUUGCCACACUUAUUCCACACAGUCAGUCUAUCAGUCUUUUCAUAUUAGUGCUUUGAAAGACCAUUGUCUUAUCAUUGCCAACAUGCUUAUUCUGGCUUUCUUGCAGUUCUAUUUUUCUCACACAGACCCAGUCAUAUUUACAAAUGUGGCCACAACUUUGUUUCUUGUUUGUUUUUGUUCAUUGUAUUCACAGUUGAAUGUGUUUUGGUCUUUUUUGUUACAGUAUGUAUUCUCUUAUAUUUAACAGAUGUUCUCUUGGCACAAAUGUUGAUCAUUGAUGUAUUAACCCAGUAUUUCAGCCAGCCAGCCAGCAGGAGGCGCUCCACUGUUUGUUGAAUGUAGUUUAGCAGAUUAUAUUACAUUUAUGUUUCAGAUUUGCUGCUGGCCAUCAUGAGAUUGAUAUUGACAUCCCCUACACCUGUUAGACAUAUUGCAAUGUGUUUCGUUCACUUUUUGACAAUCAUGUAAAGCAUGUUUGUGAAGCAAAGGGCUGGUGGGAGUAGAAAUCAUCAGCUUGCAGCUUGUUAUUAGUGUUUGGUAGACUUUAAUAUCCCUUAACAUUGUUCACAAAGGCCAUUUUUUU